CUGCCUCACCUUCGCGUUCUCGCCAGGCCUUGCCGCAGCUGCGCGCCCGGCCUUGAUCCCGGCACCAUGAGCUUCGGCUCAGAGCACUACCUGUGCUCCGCCUCCUCCUACCGUAAGGUGUUCGGGGACGGCUCCCGCCUAUCCGCGCGCCUCUCCGGGCCCGGCGGCGCGGGCAGCUACCGUUCUCAGUCGCUGUCCCGCUGCAAUGUGGCCUCCACGGCCGCCUGCUCCUCGGCCUCGUCGCUUGGCCUGGGCCUGGCCUACCGCCGGCUGCCCGUGUCCGACGGGCUAGACCUGAGCCAAGCGGCGGCGCGCACCAACGAGUACAAGAUCAUCCGCACCAAUGAGAAGGAGCAGCUGCAGGGCCUCAACGACCGCUUCGCGGUGUUCAUCGAGAAGGUGCACCAGCUGGAGACGCAAAACCGUGCGCUAGAGGCCGAGUUGGCCGCGCUGCGGCAGCGCCACGCCGAGCCGUCGCGCGUCGGCGAGCUCUUUCAGCGAGAGCUGCGCGACCUGCGCGCGCAGCUGGAGGAGGCGAGCUCGGCGCGCGCGCAGGCCCUGCUGGAGCGCGAUGGGCUGGCUGACGAGGUGCAGCGGCUGCGGGCGCGCUGCGAGGAGGAGAGCCGCGGGCGCGAAGGCGCCGAGCGCGCUCUGAAGGCGCAGCAGCGCGACGUGGACGGCGCCACGCUGGCCCGCCUGGACCUGGAGAAGAAGGUGGAGUCGCUGCUGGACGAGCUGGCCUUCGUGCGGCAGGUGCACGAUGAGGAGGUAGCCGAGCUGCUGGCCACGCUGCAGGCGUCUUCGCAGGCCGCCGCCGAGGUGGACGUAUCGGUGGCCAAACCCGACCUGAGUUCGGCGCUGCGGGAGAUCCGCGCCCAGUAUGAGUCCCUGGCCGCCAAGAACCUGCAGUCCGCAGAGGAGUGGUACAAGUCCAAGUUCGCCAACCUGAACGAGCAGGCGGCGCGCAGCACCGAAGCCAUCCGAGCCAGCCGGGAGGAGAUCCACGAGUACCGGCGCCAGCUGCAGGCACGCACCAUCGAGAUCGAGGGCCUGCGCGGGGCCAAUGAGUCGCUGGAGAGGCAGAUCCUGGAGCUGGAGGAGCGACACAGCGCAGAGGUGGCCGGGUACCAGGAUAGCAUUGGGCAGCUGGAGAAUGACUUGAGGAACACCAAAAGUGAGAUGGCACGCCACCUUCGGGAAUACCAGGACUUACUCAAUGUGAAAAUGGCCCUUGACAUUGAGAUAGCAGCUUACAGGAAACUGCUGGAAGGCGAAGAGACACGAUUUAGCACCAGUGGAUUAAGCAUCUCAGGGCUGAAUCCACUUCCCAAUCCAAGUUAUCUCCUCCCUCCUAGAAUCCUCAGUUCUACAACCUCCAAAGUCUCAUCCACUGGGCUUUCAGUUAAGAAGGAGGAAGAGGAGGAAGAAGAAGGGGCUUCUAAGGUAGUCUCUAAGAAAACCUCCCAGAUAGAGGAAAGUUUUGAAGAAACAUUGGAGGAGACAGUAAUAUCUAGUAAGAAAACCGAGAAGUCAAAUAUAGAAGAAAACACCAUUUCAAGCCAAAAAAUAUAAUUCUUAUGCUUAAAAAAAAAAAAGUAAUGCCUAAGAGGGAAUGCAUUUGACUUGUUCUACAGCCUAUUCCUGAACCACAAUGCCUGCCACUGCUCUAGAAUGUCCUCAAGGCUUCAGUGUCAUAUUUAGUAUUGAAUACUUACUUUCUCUAGUAGCAAAGCCACCCCAUAGAUGGAAGCAAGCUAUAGUCCUGGAGCAAUCACAGAGGAGUUAUCUAAGAGUAUAGCUUUCUCACCUACAGCUCAGGCUUCAUAGUGACAGAUGAUUCAGGUGUAGAGGAAGUACAAUGAAGGUGCUAAGUCUGAUCAUCAUUCACUGUGAGCUGAAAUCAAAACCUGUAUUUAUUCACAAGACCCUGCCAGUACCCAGCUAUAUAAUCUUACUGCAGAUGCCUAAAAACAUAAAACACUGCCAAAGCUAAACCAGUGGUCCACACCCCAUCCCAAUCUGAUAGAGCCGAGUCACAAAUGGCAGGUCAUCUCUCCUGGGCACUUUCCUUCCACUCUUCUCAAUUCCGUAUAUCCUUUUCUUCCAUCCAAGAUGGGGGGGAAAGCUGGUGUAGUAUUCCUCCCUUUUAAACACAUGCAGGUUCUUCUCAGAACUUAUUCCCUCUGCUCAAUGGGUAAAAUUAGAUGCAUGUUGACCUUUUUUGUGAUUUGUGUGAUAACUUAGCCCUGCCCAUUUCAUGUCCUUUGAAAUCUGUAGCUUAAAAAAAAUGAUUAUGGCAGUGAAGAAUUUUAAGAGUCCCCCCAAUAUAAAAUAAAGUGAAAAAUAUCUCUAGAUUUUAGGCUUUCCGCUUCUUCAAAUUAACUUUAGAAGCACGGUAAUAGUUAUCGCAAGCUGUGGUUAAGCUGAUAGAUUUAGUGGUGAAAGUAAGAAGUAAGUUUCUGAAUGGAAAAGAUCAUGGUCUUGUCUGUCACUUUCUGUGUGGUGGUGUAGAAUUAGCUUUUUCAUGCCCUUGCCCUUAGAAUCCAUCUAGUUCCCUUCCCCUUAGUCUAGGUCCUCAAGAGGCCUUGCUUUUUAAGAGUGCUAGGUAUAGGAUAUUUUAUCACCAAGACACAAUGCUACUGCCCAAAAGUGAAAAAAGAACAGAACAGAACAAACCACUUCUGAUUAAUCAACACCACCAGUGAAUACAAGAGAGAAAUCUCUUUUCAGUCUUUCCCCUGCGUUGUUGCACUGCUGCAGUUGGUGGGUGUCCCUUCCCUGCAGGAAAGGCAGAGACACUCAACCCCAGGAGGGAUGUCACACUCCUCUCCAUGUUCAAGAAGGAAGGCUAGAGAGUAUGCUCUUCAUACACCCAACUGUGGCACCCACAUACCCAUGUCUGCCACAUGUGCCAAGUUUGAUACAGGAUUCACUCCCUUCCACCAGAGCUAAAGAGCUGCCCUGUCCCCACCCUGCAUCUCCAUUGCAAGCUCUGUGCUGAUAAGGAUGUGAUGCUUUUACCAAACUUUCAUUCUAGCACGUGCUUCAAUAGUUCAAGGAACUUAAGACACUUUUCUUCCUUUCCUGACCCAUCCUCUUUACCCCUCACACUUACUGUAAGACAUUAGUAAAAUAAGAAAUUAAAAGUCACAUUAAUGCUA